UCUCACGGAGCUCGCGGGGACAUCAAUGUCCGCUGUUGCGUUUCUCCGACAACGCAUUCUUCUUUAAAGUUCUACUAAGGAAACGUUUAGCGUAAUUUGCGGCGCAAGUUCGUUUUCUAAUGCACUUUUUCCCCGUAGUCGGAAGGUGACAGCUGGAAGAAUCGCUUGACGGACAGAACAAACUCCGUGUUGUUGUUGUUUACGGGAUUAGAAUGUGAGGCGAACGCGACAUGAAUCGUUUUGUAAGAAGCGCUGGAGCGGCGGACGUGGAGAAAUGCGGGGGAGAAGAGCACAUAGCCCACAGACAGUAAUUAAGGGUCCGUAAGUGAAGCGUCCGGUGGAGGAACACGAACAGCGCAGUUGUCAGAGGUAACAAAAAAAAAAAAAAAAAACAAACAAAUUGUGGAAUUAAAAGUGUGAACUGCUGCGCGCGCGACUGAGCGCGAGGCGGGAGCGGCCGCUGAGCGAUGACGGACUGUCACUCCGUGGGUGACCCAAAGUCCUUCAGAAUAACCCAUCAUCUCCAAUAGACCAUCAGCCCCAAGUUACGGUACCAGCCGGUCCCGGCCCAGAACCCUGAUGCCCCGACGGGUCCUGACCCAACAACACCCUAGCGAAGCGACAGGCCCUGCCGCUAGACUGUACAGCGGAGCAGGUUUUGCGAGGAGUUCAGUGUGGCCGUGAACAAGUCUGCUGGCUUUCCUGUUCGUACUGCUCCUGCUGUGACCCAAAAGGGCCGUACGUGUUUUUAUGUUUAUAUGUGUAUUUCGCAGCGUAUUCGUGUGCGGGACCCGUUGACCUUGUAUGUGUUCGUUCAGACUGUUUAUACUUAUGCGCGAUGCUGGUGGUUUGCAUUCCGAGGCAGGGUGCAGUCAGGCUUGCGGACGCAGCGUUUCAGCAGCGUGCGUGUUAGCUCACGUUCUUACACUCUUUUUCCCAAGAUGCCCUUCUGCUAGAACGGUUUAACAAGAUUAGCCCAAGACGGAUAAGGCGCCGCCUUACCCUACUGUCCCUUUACAGCAAAUAGCUGUCAGUAGCUGCCCGCAGACAUCACCUCGCCUUAUUUUUACACAUAAAGUGCUCCAAGAAGCGCGCUUGCCAAGCCAUGGCAGACUCCACCGUGGAGGUCGUCGGAGAUGAUGGUGACAUCACUAAAGAUGACUGCUUAGAAAUUCAGGAUGACCUGCGAGAAGAGGCAGUGUCGUCUCCAGUGUCGUCACCAGUUGAGGAAAAGAGUCAGGGGGAAGGAACACUUAUGUCCGCCGAGGGCUCGGACGGACACCAGGACAGAAUGGAGUCGAGCGAGGGUGCAGAAUGUGAGAACGGAGCGGCCGAUUGUCCCCUGCUCGCUCCGGAAAGCGAGAGCGCGGAGGACAAGUCGGAGGCUGGCAGCAUGUCCGACGAGCACAGCCAGUCAGCAGACUCCACCUCCUUCUCGGUGCCCAGCCUGGACUUGUCGGAAGGGAACAACGACAACUUGGUGGAGGAGCCUUCGCCGUCCUCCUACUCGGGCCCGGUGCUGGAGGGCGCCUGCGCAGUGGACGGAGUCUCGGCCGCUGUCCCCGGCACGGCCACCCCGCUGGACUCGGACCCCUCGACGCCAGCCUACUACUUUGUGAAAUGGAUCAACUGGAAGGAGAAGAAGACGCCCAUCAUCACCCAGAGCGAAAACGGUCCCUGUCCACUCCUGGCCAUAAUGAAUAUCCUGUUCCUGCGAUGGAAGGCCAAGUUACCUCCCCAGACAGAAAUGGUCUCUACAGAGGAUCUGAUGGCACAUCUUGGAGAAUGUGUCUUAUCAAUCAAACCAAGGGAGAAUGCCGAAGGGAUGGAACUGAACUUUGAGCAGAACAUGAACGAUGUCAUGGCUGUGCUCCCGAAGCUCUCCACUGGUUUGGACGUCAACGUGCGCUUCACGGGGGUGUCGGACUUUGAAUACACCCCCGAGUGCAUCGUCUUUGACCUCCUUGACAUCCCGCUCUACCAUGGCUGGCUAGUGGACCCCCAGAGCCUUGAGAUGGCCGCAGCAGUGGGAAAGCUGAGCUACAACCAGCUGGUGGAGAAGAUCAUCGACUACAAGCACUCGACAGACAGCAGCCGCAUCAGCGAAGGCCUCAUUGCAGAGCAGUUCCUGGAGUCCACAGCCACCCAGCUGACGUACCACGGCCUGUGUGAGCUCAACACCACCGCCAAGGAGGGCGAGCUUUCAGUCUUCUUCAGGAACAACCACUUCAGCACCAUGAUCAAGCACAAGGGUCACUUAUACCUGCUGGUGACGGACCAGGGGUUCCUGCAGGAGGAGGGGGUGGUGUGGGAGAGCCUGCACAACGUGGAGGGUGAUGGCAAUUUCUGUGACUCCAACUUCCGGCUCUGCCACCCCCCUCAGAGAGCCGCUCCGCUAGCGUCACCUGCUCCCACACCCCAGGAGCAGCAGAGGCAGAUCGAUCAGGACUACCUGGUGGCGAUGUCCCUGCAGCAGCAGCAAGGGGCCCCCCCUGGUCCCCUCAGCGACCUGGAAUUGGCCCGACAACUCCAACAGGAGGAGUACCAGCAGCAGCAGGCAUCGGCGAACCCACCCUCGGCAGCCCAGGCCAGAGGUCAAGGAGCAGCGCAGCAGGGCGGCCACAGGCGGCGUGGAGACAAAAAGGACGACUCGGAUUGUGCCAUACUGUAAGGAGUUCCUCCUCGGCUCCGCCCACCCCCUCUCCCCUUUAAACUGUGGUGCCCCCCAGAGCCCGUGUGGAGCUGCCCGCCACCCAAGUGUCAAGAUGGGAGACUGCACCUGUGCAAUCCUCCCUCUCCACCCCUUCCCCCACGCCAGCCUCAAGGAGACGGGCAUCCCGGUGGAGCGGCGAGGGAUUCCUCUGUCGGCAUAGGCUGCACAAGAGCAGCGAAAGAAAGCUGCCAAGUGACGCUGGUGUAAAUCACAGCUGGUGGCGGCUGGAAUUGAGUUACUCCAGUGUUGGGGAGGACUCCGUGUUAAUAGGAGACCUGGAAAACGAUUACGGGUACCUUACCCAAGUGCUUUCAGUGGUCUCUCAAAUCUGUUCCAUGUUUCCCAUUCAUUGUACUUUGUGCACGGAGGAAGAAGGUCUGAGCAGGUAAACAUUUCUUUGGAGGUCUUGUGGUGAAGUGUAGAGUUCAGCUCUGCUCCUUAUGUUGGUAUUUCAAGGACCUGCCUUGCACCAAGAUGUUCUCCUCCAUCCUUGAUUAAAUCCACUGACCUUGAAUGACCUUGACUGGAAGGGGACUGUUGUAUUUAACCACACAUCAUAUUAUUCCUAUAAUGGCAGAGUUAUAAAAGCUGAAAUUAUUGCUUAAAAGUGAGAAGUUGUACUAUAUUUUUGAUUUUCUUGCCUUUGUUUCUAAAUGACCAACAAUCUGACCGCAUCUAGACCUCGGACAGUGUCUUUUCUCUCAGGUCUACUAAGAGCAGUCAGAUACAGACGUGUGUCCAGGGCGGCCAAAGUAAAAUGUCGACUCUUGACAAGAAAGGUGCAAUAGCAAAGGGAAAAAGAAAAUAAUAUUUUACCUUGAACACAGUGCACAUCCGAAGGAAUUCAAGUCACGUUACCAAAAAGCACAUUUUUAGUAGAUGUGGAGGGGACUUAAUGCAGCGCUACACUUCACCAUGUUCAGUGUCUUAACCAGCAUCACGUCGCUUUGCAUUUAAUUUUGC